AAACGACAAGACACAAGCACUGGGUUGAGGGUGAAAACGACAGGGCGCAAAUAGCAACAAAUAUAACAGACAUACUUCUGCAAGAAACUAAAAGGAAUAUCCAUAAAAUUUUUAAAUCUUCAGAGAAUGCUCUUGUAGACGUUGUAAAACGUCUUAUAGAGGCGUCGAUAUAUCAAAUGCCAAUUGACUUUGAUAUCGAAGUAACGAGAAACGAACGUCAAAGCGAUGCCAGCAAAAACGAAAAAAUCGACAACGGGAAAUGGUUAUCAACAGGCACAAAAACCCAUCACGAUCAUAAUAAGUUAGCUCGGUUCUGCUUAGACGGAUAUACUGAUAUGUCAAAAAAGUCUAAAAAGGAUGAGUUGUAUAAAUUCUGCAUUGUGUUUGCUGACCACUGUGUUGAUGUAUACGGAUUGCUACGAGAAAAAG